AUGCAACUCAGCAUCGGCGUACUGCUGCUGGCCACGAUCUUUACCAGUAACAUUCAGGCCAAGCCUCUUCCGGCCAACUUCUUUGAAGUUGAGCGUCGAUGGUCACAAGGCCAGUCAGAGGCUCAGAUACACGCAACGCACCACAUACGAGAAGCGUCGCCGGCAUGGGCCGUCAAUCGCGACCGGGAGGUGGACGUCGACGAGUUUCAGUUCACCACUGAUGAGCGCACGAUGCGGGAACGAAGUCGUUGGCGGGAACAACAACGGAAACGGAUGAAUCAGCUAGGCCUCCUGACGCGGGUGAAGGACGCCAUAGCGAGGUCGAUGCCAGCUCGCCGAGCCGGGACUGUGCAGGAUGACUGGGAAGAGGAGGAAGCGCCUGUGCUAAAGCCAAGGAGAGGUAUUCGGUACCUUGUCAGGUCAUGA